CACGCUUUUUGCCUGAGCAGCUAUUUACAAAGCUCUCAGAUGGGUUUUGUUUCGUUAUAAGAUAUCCUUGUUUUUAAUUUGCUUCCGCUGUCUAUUUCGUUUCCACCGAGCGCACCACCAUGCCUCGCAAGCAAACUCAGCAGCGCGGUCCCCGAGACGAAGCGUUCAAGAAACAACCCACAGUAAAGCGAAGAUCUGGAAAGAUUCUGAAUGCUCUUGCUAUCGCAGAGAAAGAAAAUCCCACCAGAGUCAAAAUCCGGCGUAGCCGACUAGGCGACGAUGACGAUUUGUUCAAACGCAAGCGGAACACCGGGCGCGAUGCCGCAGAUUCAGAUGGCCCAGACAAUAAACGUCGUCGGGUCGGUGACGACUCAGACGAUGGCUCGAAUGCGGGCAGCGAUGGUGAAGGUCAUCGAUGGAAGAUAGGUCAGGUGGACAGCGAUAACGACAGCGAGUUGGAUAGCGACGAAGCCAUGGGCUCAAGUGAUGAGGAAAGAUUUGAAGGCUUUACAUUCCGGGGAAGCUCGACAUUCAAGGGCAAAUCAAACGCAGAUGCCCAUAAGAAGCGCAGGAAGGAAUUGAAUCUGUCCGAAGGGGAUGAGUCGGACGCAGAUGAAGAUCUUAACGACGAUGAUGAUCUCGGCGAGGACGCAAUUGAUUUGGUCAGCGCUUGGGACAUGAACGCCGCAGAAGAAGCAGAAGAGGCUAAAAGGGCAUCGUCGAAGGCCAAAAAAGCCGCCGAGAGUGAAGAUUCGGAUGGUGAUAUCUCCGAAAGCGAAGACAGCAAUCUCUCCGAGGAUGACAACGAUGACGAUCUGUCGUUGUCUGAAGAGGAGCUUGGGAACGAAGAUGGCCUCUCGAAACUACAGAGUUUUGUGGAUGCUAUGGGUACAAAUGCUGCCUCUAAACAAACACGAAAAUCACAAGCCGGGCAAGAACAUCUUACCCCGUCAGAAUUCGGAUUAACCUCUACCAAAAAGCUAACCGUAGCUGACCUCCUCUCGUCGAUUACCGACUCCCGCCUAAAGAGCUCUUUAAAACAUGUUGAUUCAACCGUCACUGGCCCCACAGCUUCCGCCGGGAUCCCUGGAAAACUAGAUGCUCCCCUUGCGAAACGGCAACAGGAUCGUCUUGAUCGAGCAGCCGCAUACGAAAAGAGCAAGGAAACUCUUGGUCGCUGGAUCGAGACAGUCAAGGCCAAUCGCAGGGCGGAAAAUCUCAUGUUCCCCCUGCCCGAUCCCGACGCACAGCAGUCCCACCGUAUGGGUGCCGUUCAGGCAAAGACAGACCUGGAAAGCACAAUCCAAAAUAUCCUUGUCGAGAGUGGACUUACCGACGCCAAGGGGAAAUCUGGCGAAGACCAAGUCCAAGAAUUCGAGGAGUUGCAGGGUCGCCAGCUGCCGAUUGAGGAGAUCCGAGCCCGAAGAGCAGAAUUGCGCAAGCGUCGUGACCUACUCUUCAGAGAAGAAGUGCGAGCCAAGCGAAUUAAGAAAAUCAAGAGCAAGUCGUACCGCCGGGUACACCGAAAGGAACAGGAGAGGUUGGAGCAAAAGGAGAGACAAGCCCUUCUCGAGGCCGGUGUCGACUUGGAGGAGCAGGAACGAGAGCAGAACGAACGACGAAGAGCCGAGGCUAGAAUGGGCUCCAAGCACAAGGAAAGUAAAUGGGCAAAGAGCUUGAAACAGACCGGCAGAACGGCAUGGGAUGAAGACGCCCGACAUGGUGCUGUCGACCUGGCGCAGAGGGAAGAGGAGUUGCGUCAGAGGAUUGAGGGAAAACGCGUCAGAGGGGGCGAUGACGAUGACUUUCUAGGAUCAUCCAGCUCGGAGGAGGACGAGGAGAACCCCUGGGACGAGGAAGGCUCUGAUGUCGAAAAACAGAAGCUGCUCAAAAAGCUAAACAAGCUUGAAGGAGGCGACGAGGCCGAGCAGGAAACCCAGGGCCCUCACGCUAAGCUGUUCUCUAUGAAGUUCAUGCAAAACGCCGAGGCAUCCCGCAAAGCACAAAAUGAUGCCGAAAUCCGACGACUUAAUCGUGAACUACAUGGAGAGGAGUCUCAAUCCGAGGCUGAGUCUGAAGUUGGUCGUCGUAAAUUUGGUCAUUCAGAGGAGACAAAAUCCCAACUCGACAAGAGCACGAAACAGCAAGCUAAAAACGAAUUCGAGGAAGCAAUGGGAUCCGAGGAUGAGCCCGAGCUAGAUACAGACCAAGAUGCAAAGAUCAAGGUCGGCGGCCCCUCCACCCAGAAGCCAGCCUCGAAAGCGAAUAACAAACCUCUUGCACGCCCCACAAACGAGGUGAGUGCUCAGAACGAGCCUGAUGCCGAAGAAGAGAACCCCUGGUUAGUGCAGACAACUCGAAACAACCGUCGUACGACCGCAGACGACUCGUCCCAGACUAUCGACAUCACGCCUGUCGGCACGGGGUCAGCGAAAUCUAGCUUAAAGAAGGGUGCUGUAAUUCCCAAGGCCAAGUCUUCGAAACCGCCGCCACCAACCGACGCAGACGGAGAGUAUGACAGUGAUGACGAACGGAGUGUGCCAGUCCUUCUCAAGAACCAUGACCUCGUGAAACGAGCCUUCGCUGGGGAUGAGGUCGUACAAGAAUUCGAGCAGGAAAAGCUAGACACUGUCAAAGAGGAAGGUGACCAGGUGAUUGACAACACCCUUCCGGGCUGGGGCAGCUGGACCGGCGACGGGGUGAGCAAGAAGCAGCAGAAGCGACAGAAGCGGUUCUUGACCACCGUGGAGGGAGUAAAGCCUGAAAAUCGAAAAGAUGCCAAACUCUCACGGGUCAUCAUCAAUGAAAAACGCAUCAAGAAGAACAAUAAGUACCUAGCGACCCAGCUCCCUCACCCCUUCGAGAGCCGACAACAAUACGAGAGGUCUCUUCGCAUCCCUAUAGGCCCCGAAUGGUCUACCAAGGAAAGUUUCCAGGUGUCUACCAAGCCUCGUGUGAUGAUCAAGCAGGGCAUCAUCAAGCCGAUGGAGAAGCCCACGAUUUAGUUUCGAGACCGGCUGUCCGUCCGUUUGGUGGAGAGAGAGAGAGAGAGGGGGGGGGGGUCUACAAGAACUACGACCCAUGUCUCUCGAUUUCCUGUGUCGAUCAUAGAUUAUUCUGCAUUAUCACGAUCC